AUGAGCGGACGUCUCCUAGCUGCUGGGCUUUCGCCCUUUACGCGACGCGCCCCAAUUCAAGCCGUACGACACUUUCAUCGAUUCCCCGCAGGCGGGCUUCAGCGAGCCGAUGCAGCUGUUCGGGCUACCCAACGCCGCAUGUGGUUUCCUGGUAAUGCCUUCCACAAUGCCGUUAUUGUGCGGAAUGCAUCUUUUGCCCGUUUUCUGCCCAAGCUGGUGGUCAAGUUUGCCAGAAUACCUGCCAUGUUUGGCGGUCUAGCUGUAGGAACGCUCGCUUGGAUUCAAUACCAGGCUAACCAGAUCACCAACAACGCUUGGGACAUGGUCACGAAAACGGCAGAAGGUGUUUCCGAAACUGCAUCUAGCUUCUUUGGAGGCGCAAAGGGCAUAGUGGAUCAAACUGUGCGUGGAUGGGAAAACACGAAAGAACAAAUCGAGACGCCCGAAUGGCUCCAAAAGGUCUUGCGUAUCCAUGAGGAUAUUGGGACCGGCGGAGGCGGGGAGGAGGGGCCUGGAGGGGAGCAGCCUAAGCAGAGCAGAGCGGGCGUGGCGGUCGUAGCGGGAGCUUCGGCUGCAGCCUAUGGCUACGAGCAGUCUUCGGAAGACGACCCGCGAGAGCCCGACGAGAUGGCCAACGAUGACCAAAUGAUGGUCCUGACCAAGAAGAUGAUUGAGAUCCGGAGCAUGCUCCAACAAGUUGGCCAGUCGAGCACUCUGACGCUCCCUUCGAUUGUCGUCAUUGGAUCUCAGUCAUCAGGAAAGAGCUCUGUUCUCGAGGCACUCGUGGGACACGAGUUCUUGCCUAAGGGAACCAACAUGGUUACUCGCCGGCCGAUAGAGUUGACCCUGGUCAACACUCCUGAGUCGGAUGCCGAGUAUGGCGAGUUUCCUGACUUGGGCCUCCGACGCAUCACCGACUUUUCGUCUGUUCAGAGGACACUGACUGAGCUCAACAUGGCCGUUCCGGAUACGCAAUGUGUAUCAGACGAUCCUAUCCACCUCACCAUCUACUCGCCCAACGUCCCGGAUCUGUCGUUGAUCGAUCUUCCCGGGUACAUCCAGGUGGUAGGACAAGGUCAGCCGCUUGAGCUGAAGCAGAAGAUCUCCGAGCUUUGCGACAAGUAUAUUCAACCUCCCAACGUCAUUCUGGCUAUUUCCGCCGCUGAUGUGGACCUGGCAAACUCAACCGCCCUGCGCGCCAGCCGUCGCGUGGAUCCAAGAGGCGAACGAACUAUUGGAGUCGUGACUAAAAUGGACUUGGUUGAUGCUCCUCGUGGUGCCGCCAUACUUAGCGACAAGCAAUACCCUCUUAGGCUUGGCUACGUUGGAGUUGUAUCCAAGGUCCCACAAGCAGGUGGACUGUUCAAGCGGUCUGGGAGCGUUAUGUCUGCCAUUGCAAAGAACGAGAAUACCUUCUUCUCGGCACAUCCGCUUGAGUUUGGCGAAGGAGCAGGGGUUAACGUAGGGACGAUCAACCUGCGCAAGAAACUUAUGACCGUUCUUGAACAAACAAUGUCUGCCAGCUUAGCUACCACUAGCGACGCCAUCAGACAAGAGCUCGAGGAGGCGACUUAUGAGUUCAAGGUUCAGUACAAUGACCGCCCCCUGUCUGCCGAAUCUUACUUGGCGGAAAGCCUCGAUGGGUUCAAACACUCUUUCAAACAGUUCACCGAGGAGUUUGGGCGCCCUCAAAUGCACCAGCUUCUCAAGCAAGAGCUGGACCAGAAGGUUCUCGACCUAUUGGCUGCGAGAUACUGGAACAAGCCCAUUCAAGACUUGUCUCCUGCCAGGCCAGAACCAGACAGCCUGGCGGACCUUCCCAAGGCCGACCCCAACUCUAUGUACUGGCACCGCCAGCUCGACGCCUCAACUUCUUCGUUGACGAAGCUUGGUGUUGGUAGACUGGCUACGACGGUCGUUGCUUCAGCUAUCCAGGCACACAUCGACACGUUGGUUAAGCACUCCACGUUCAGCAGUCACCCAUUCGCACGGGAAGCCAUCAACGAAGCCGCAUCAACGAUUCUGAACGAGAGAUUCUAUAGCACGAGCGAUCAGGUUGAGAACUGCAUUAAGCCUUACAAGUUCGAUAUCGACAUUGACGAGAGGGAAUGGACGCAAGGUCGCGAUCACUCAGCUGUAGUCCUGAAGAAGGAGCUCCAAGACUGCGAAGGUGCCCUUCGAGGCAUCGAAGAUACCGUUGGCGGCCGGAGGAAGUUGAGGGAAGUAAUGAACUUUGUUGACCGCGCUCGCAAGGGGGAGGUUGUCGUCGAGGGAGAAAGCCGAAGCGGUGCUGGAGGCUUCAGCGCCUCGCUUCUCAAGAGAGGACGCGAGGCUGUCUUUCUCCGAGACCGCGCCGACAUCAUCAAGAUGCGCCUGAUGGCGGUCAAGUCGAAGCAAUGCGCUAACCUUAAGAACAAGUACUACUGCCCCGAGGUCUUCCUUGAUGCUGCGGCCACAAAGCUUGCUUCGACGGCUGUGCUGUUUCUGAAUGUUGAGCUUCUUUCGGAGUUUUACUACAACUUCCCGCGUGAGCUUGACCUCCGCCUCGGAAGACAUCUCUCCGACGAAGAUAUUGAGAGGUUCGCCAAGGAAGAUCCCAAGAUUAGAAGACACCUGGAAGUCAUCCGCCGCAAAGAGCUACUCGAGUUAGUUCUCGAGAAGAUGGAGAGCCUGAGGCAACUCGAGGGCCGCGAACGGGAGCGAUUGAAGGGGGCCAACAGCAGAUCUGCCAAGGACGACAAGCAGCGUGGACGCUGGGGACUUUUUUAA